UGCUGGGCCGGGCUGAGGCAGAGCGAGAGGCUGGGCGCAUUGCUGGAGGCUCGCGCUGCUGCUGCUGCUGCUGCUGCUACUGCGGGAAGAAGCCCGGCGCUGCUCGGACGGGGCGGCUGCUGCCGGCUGCCGCGCGAGGCAUCCUUCCCGCUCCAUCUCCUGCCCCGGCCACCCCGCGGGAACAAAGGGCGUCCGGACCCAGCGCGCCAUGCCCGGCGGCCGCCUUUGCUGGCUUCUCCUGCUCCUGCCCUUGUGCAGCUUCUGCGAGAUCGGCGCCCCGAGCCCGCCCAGGCAGGGCUAUUUGAUUGCGGUGCCUUCUGUUUUCCGAUCAGGCGUGGAAGAGUCUAUUAGUGUGACUAUUUUUAAUCCGGUCAGGGAGACAACAGUCCAGAUCCAACUCGUGGUCAAAGGAGAGAUGGUGGCCCGUGCCCAUGGAGCAGUUCUAGGUAAAGGAACAAUCAAGCUUAAGGUUCCCUCAGGACUUCGUGGCCAGGCUCAGGUAAAAGUGUGGGGCAACCAUCACUUGGCCGAGGAGGGCUACAUCUUCCACAACUAUACCACUGUGACCAUUGACAGCAAAGGGGCUUCAGUCUUCAUUCAAACAGACAAGCCAGUGUACAGACCAAAGCAGAAAGUGCUGAUCAACCUGUUUACCGUUAACCCAGACUUGCGACCAAUCAAUGAGAAGAUUGAAGCUUAUGUGCUGGAUCCUCGAGGGUCUCGGAUGGUAGAAUGGAAAAACCUCAAGCCAAUUUGUUGUGGCAUCCUCAACAUGAGUUUCCCUUUGUCUGAUCAACCUGUGUUUGGAGAAUGGUUUAUAUUUGUAGAAAUGCAAGAAUACGUAUACAACAAAUCAUUUGAAGUUCAAAAAUACGUUUUACCCAGGUUUGAGCUGCGUAUUGAUCCACCACGCUACAUCCGGGACCUUGGGGUUUGUGAAAAGGGAACUGCCCAUGCCAGGUACACAUUUGGGAAGCCAGUGACAGGGAGGCUGACUGUUAACAUGACAGUAAAUGGAGUGGGGUACUACAGACAUGAAUCAGGACAUCCUGUUCUUAAAACCACUGAAAUUGAUGGUUCUGCGGAUUUUGACAUAUGUGUAAAAGACAUGAUGCCUGCAGAUGUUCCCGAGCAUUUCAGAGGUACUGUGAGCAUUUGGGCCACAGUAACUAGCACCGAUGGGAGCAGGCAGGUCACCUUUGAUGACUCUACCCCUGUCCAGAAGCAGCUUGUUGACAUAAAAUAUUCCAGAGAUACUCGGAAGCAGUUCAAAUCUGGUUUGCCAUAUAAAGGGAAGGUUGAAGUCACUUAUCCUGAUGGGAGUCCAGCUGAUGGAGUGACUGUCCGGGUAAAAGCGGAACUCACUCCAAAGGACAACAUUUACACAAGCGAGUUAGUGUCCAGAGGCGGUCUGGUGGAAUUUGAAAUCCCCUCCAUCCCCCCUGCUGUCCAGUACGUCUGGCUGGAGACCAAAGUCACAGCCCUUGAUGGGAGGCCUGUUGGAGAUCAGUAUCUACCCAACUACCUAUCGAUCAGCAGCUGGUAUUCACCUAGCAAGUGCCACAUCCAGCUUCAGAUGCCAGACAGGCCUUUUCUGGUGGGAGAGGAGGCAUGCAUUGCUGUGAAGUCCACUUGCCCGUGUAAUUUCACACUCCACUACGAAGUUGUAUCCCGGGGGAACAUUGUUCUUUCAGGACUGCUGCCUGGAAACAGGACUCAGCAGAGGAGCAAAAGAGCCGCCCCCUGGCUUUAUUAACAUGUAUGUAUUUUCCAUGCUAUUUCUUGUUUAGACCCAACCAGUUCUUCUGUUCCAGAACUGAAUACCUGCAUGACUUCCAUCUGCUUCUCAGUCACUCCAGACAUGGCUCCGUUGGGCCGUCUUCUUGCAUAUUAUGUGCGAGAGAAUGGAGAAGGGGUUGCAGAUAAUCUGCAGUUUGCCAUCAAGCCUUUCUUUGAGAAUCAGGUUUCGGUGGCAUUUUCAGCAAAUGAGACCAGGCCAGGUGACUCCAUAUCUGUUAAAGUGCGAGCUGCAAAGGGAAGUUGUGUUUGUUUGGCCACAGUGGACAAAAGCAUUUACCUCUUCAAGCCUGGGUUCCAGCUGACAUCUGCCCAGAUCUUCCAGGAGCUUGGAGAGUAUGAUGUGUCCGAUGCUUUUGGAACUCCAAAGGAAGAAGGGCACUUUUGGUGGCCAGGCUCAACACUACACAAGCGUCGUCGUCGUUCCUCCAUCUUCCCCUGGCACUGGGACAUUGCCAAAGAUGCCCGCUGUGCAUUUACGGAAACCGGUUUAGUUGCAAUGACUGAUCUCGUCAGCUUAAACCAUAGACAGCAGGGCAGCCUGUACACCGAGGAGGUUGUCCCAGCCUUCCAGCCUCACACCGGGAUGCUGGUGGCUUCUACACCUUCCAAGGCCCAGCCCAGAGCAGACAAGAAGAAAAGAACAUUCUUCCCAGAGACUUGGCUCUGGCAGUGCUUCAAUGUCAGCGAUGUUUCAGGAGAAGCCCAGCUGCGUGUUGAAGUUCCAGACUCCAUCACCACAUGGGUGAUGGAGGCUGUUGGACUCUCUGAGAGAGGGCUAGGCUUGGCAAGACAAACUGAACUCAGGACCUUCAAGCCAUUCUUCGUUGAGUUCACCCUUCCAUACCACAUAAUCCGUGGGGAACAGGCGAAGAUUCCUCUGACAGUCCACAAUUACUUACCCAUGUGUUUGGAGGUUCAUGUGAAGAUCUCGGUCGCCAAAGGCAUCAAGUUUGUGGGACAUCCUGGGAAGCAUCACCUGACCAGGAAAAAAUGUGUAGCCCCUGGCAAAGCCAAGCCCACAUCUAUUGUUCUCUCUUUCAGUGAACUGGGACAGAACAACAUCACAGCAAAAGCUUUUGCUUAUGGUGGAAGCAGCUGCUGCCAAGACAACAUUCAACUCAUGAAGAAUGGCAAACACUCUGAGGAUGCCCACAUGGACAAGAGGACUCCUGUUGGGGUUGACUAUGUACGGAGGAGUGUCAUUAUUGAGCCAGAGGGACUGACCAGAGAAUAUACCUACAGUGUCUUCUUCUGCCCUAACGAGAAAAUUCACAUUUCCACUCCUAAUAAAUAUGAGUACCAGUAUGUGCAGAAACCUGCCCACAUGAUGCGCUUUGAUGUUGCCAUCAAGGCCCACAAUAACGCCCACAUCGCUUUGUCCUCUGCCCCCCAUGACAUGGCGGAGAUGACUGAAAUUGUCAUUGGUGGGCACCAGAACUCCAAAACUUGGAUCUCUACUAGCAAGAUGGGUGAGCCAGUGGCCAGCACAGAGACUACUGGCAUCCUUUCGUGGGACGAGUUCCGAAGUUUUUGGAUCAGCUGGGCCCAUGGAGUCAUCCAGGUGGGCCACGGCCCCUUCGCUCUCAACGAGUCCAUCAUUGUGACUUGGGCCACCUCCAAGCAGCCAGAGGUGAAGUAUAUCGGCUUCUCCACAGGUUGGGGUUCUGCAGGCGAAUUCAAAAUCUGGAGGAAAGAGGAGACAGAUGAGAAUCACAAUGAAGCAUUCACACUGGGCGUUCCUCACAAUGUGAUUCCAGGCUCAGAGAGAGCGACUGCCUCUAUUAUUGGAGAUGUGAUGGGACCAACACUGAACAAUCUGGAUAACCUCCUGCAACUGCCCUUUGGUUGUGGAGAGCAGAACAUGAUCCAUUUUGCUCCCAACAUCUUUGUCCUCAAGUAUCUUCAGAAGACCAAACAACUUAGCCCGGAGGUAGAGAGUGAAGCCACCGAUUACCUAGUGCAAGGAUACCAGCGCCAACUGACCUACAAGAGGCAAGAUGGUUCCUACAGUGCCUUUGGGGAAAGGGAUUCCUCGGGGAGCAUGUGGCUAACUGCCUUUGUGCUCAAAUCUUUUGCUCAAUCCCGGGAAUUCAUUUUCAUUGACCCUAAGGAGCUUUUAGCUGCCAAGGAUUGGAUUAUCCAGCAUCAGAAGGAGGAUGGCUCAUUUCCAGCCAUGGGCAGGAUACUCAAUAAGGACAUCCAGGGAGGAAUUCAUGGAAAGAUUUCUGUGACAGCAUACGUGGUGGCAGCUCUACUGGAAACAGGGGUGACCUCUGAGGAAGAAAAAGGGGCUGUUACCAAAGCACAGCACUUCUUGGAAUCCAACAUGUACUCAGCAGAAGACCCUUACACUAUUGUCCUGACUACCUACGCCCUCACGCUCCUGCGCAGCCCUUCAGCAGCAGCAGCUCUUCGGAAAAUGAAUGGCAUAGCCAUUACUCAAGAUGGCUUCACACACUGGAAUUUAAUGGGAACUCUUGCUACUGGUGAAGACACAUUCAUGGGAUUCAGUGAUGGCCUCUCCCAAUCAGUCGUAUCUGCUGAAGUUGAAAUGACAGCCUAUGCCCUGCUGACGUAUACUGUGCUGGGAGAUGUUGCAUCUGCACUGCCCGUAGUCAAGUGGCUAUCUCAGCAGAGGAAUGCACUGGGUGGUUUCUCGUCCACCCAGGAUACUUGUGUGGCCCUCCAAGCUCUGGCUGAAUAUGCUAUCCUGUCCUAUAUUGGGGGGGUCAACCUCACCAUUUCACUGGCCUCCACCAACUUGGACUACCAAGAGACCUUUGAGUUAAACAGAGCCAACAAAAAGCUUCUGCAGACUGCAGUGAUCCCCUCCAUUCCCACAGGGUUAUUUGUGAGUGCCAAGGGGGAAGGCUGCUGUCUCCUGCAGAUUGAUGUUUCCUACAAUAUCCCUGAUCCUGUGGCUAAGCCAGCUUUCCAGCUCCUGGUGAAUCUACAAGAGCCCAAGCUGAAGAGGCACCGACGAGCCCCACGCCUACCUAAGCUUGUCUCUGUAGAGGAAAAUCAUUCAGAGGCCCCACGUCGGGACCGAGUCCUGGGUGAUGAUGAUGAUCCUGCCUCUGACCAGGACCAUCAGGAAUAUAAAGUGAUGGUGGAGGUGUGCAUGAGGUGGCUUCACUCUGGCUCCUCCAACAUGGCAGUCCUGGAGGUACCUUUGUUCUCGGGUUUCCGAGCUGACAUCGAGAGCCUGGAAAAGCUACUCACAAACAAACAAAUUGGUCUGAAGAGAUACGAGGUGGAUGGCCGGAAAGUUCUUUUCUAUUUUGAUGAGAUUCCAAGCCAGUGUAUGACCUGUGUCAAGUUUAUGGCCUUCCGGGAAUAUAUUGUGGGGAAGACGGCUCCCUUGCCCAUCAAGGUGUAUGACUACUAUGAGCCAGCUUUUGAAGCCACCCGUUUCUACAAUGUCAGCGAAUCCAGUCCUCUGGCCCGUGAGCUCUGUGAUGGUCCCAUGUGCAACGAGGUGGAGAGUAUGGCCAGCCACUGGGUUGGUUUUAUUCACACGGGGCCUUGCAACAACAUCUUUGGUUGCUUAGAGGAUGGCUAUUUUGAGCAGUGCAUGUGUUCACGCGACUGUGGCUAUGACGGGGAGCUGGUGUGUGGCUCAGAUGGUCUUAUAUAUCAGAACCACUGUCAAAUGGAGGUGGCUGCCUGCAGAAACAGCACCCGGAUUGAGCAGGUCCUCAUGGCACAGUGUGUGGUGGCUAAGAACUCUCCAGAAGAGAGAGAAAAGCACUUCCACAGCUUCAGGUUUCCUAACAGGGGGCAGCAGACACCAACAGAUGAAGGUCCCACCCUUCAGUUGGACUUCUCCUACUACUCCUAUGAAUAUGAGGCAGAUCCCUACACUUCUGAAGGUGAUGCUUUUGAACUGACAACAGCAAGUGGUACAGAGGCGCAAGAUAACAGCAGAUUCCAGGGAGCUGCCAUGACCCCUGGGAAGUGAAUGAAAGCUCUUGCCUUUCAGUCUGACAGAGCCAACUACACAAGGAAUCCAGGCCAUUUUAUUGUUCUGUGUCUUGCUGCCAAAGGAAGCUAGAACUUUGUCCUGCCCUUCCCAUGGCUCUCACAGCAGCCUUCUUGCCGCUCUCCCACUUGUAUUGCACAAGCUACGUAGGGCAAGCUGGAAUCCAGACUCUCUUCCGGGGUUGCACAUCUCCAGCUGAGCAUCAUUCAAAUUGAUUCUUGCCUUCCAGCCAACUCUGCCCUAGCUGUGAAUGGAGAAAGGAUGACACUGUUGAUCUCCCUGCUCCAGGAACUCCAUCGCAACCAAAGGAUAAGAGUUCCAGGUCAUUUCUUUUGUGGAUCAUAUUACUGCACCCCAUCUGUCAUUCCCCUUUGUUGUCUUUAGCCUGGAGGGUGGAAGAAAGGCUUGGGCUGCCUACCCCCAUGCUGUAGGCAGAAGAUGUUUCCUCUGUUCAAGGAUUGGUCUUGGUGGGAUAGGAGUUGGCUUUCCAGUCCCACCUUAUCUUCCCCCUCCAGGUUAUCCUUCCUCCUUUGCAUGCAAGGAAAUGCAUGUGUCCACCUCAUAUUUUCCAGAGCACUGGAGCUGGUCUAGUUCUUCCUUCUUUCUCCUCUAAACUUCUAAACCAUGGAUGGAGAACAUGUAGCUUUCCAGGUGUUGCUAAAUUAUAAACUCUGCACUCCCACCCAACAUGGCUAGUGCUGAGAAAUUCUACAAUUUGUUGUUUGGAAACAUCUGGGCCUACAGCUUCCCCUCCUAUUUUAAGUCAUCUGUGAGUGAUGGUAAAAUAAGCUAUUUAUAAAUUUGAUGGAGGUCAGAGAAUAUUUUCUAAGGGUAUUGCAGCUUGAGAACUACAACUUCCAACCCUAAUUCUUCUGCAAUGCAGAUGUGCCAGCCUUGAUGAACCUUAUGCAGAAUAUGUGCCGUACCCAAUAUUUAUUGUAAAACAAAAGUUUUAUUCAUCCCAAAUUAUCACUGAAUGGAACCAAGUUGACAUAGUGACCCCAAUCUUCUUGACAUAUUUUUAUCUCUGCUCAUUGGGCUUAUCUGCACAUCCAGGCAGAUACCUGUUAGUUUAUUCCAAGUGAUCAGUAGAACAGCCUGUUCCCCACCUGCUUAGGCGUUGCAGGGGUACAGUUUGCUUUUAUGGUUCAGCACAGUCUUUUAGUGAAUUGGGAGUAUCCAGAGGUUGGAUGGG